UAGAUUAGUUCAAAGUCACUUAAAUCUCCUUUCUUCCUCAUGAAAAUGCUCAGUUUGAACUUCAUCAAAUAUAUUAUAUACCUGAAAGGAUUUUGUUGCUGAUUGGUUGAAAUUGAACAAGUGUACCAAAUAAAGUGGCCAAUAAGUGUAGGAUGUUUUUUCUAGGUAGAACAAAUAGCUCGACCCCUGCAACUGGAAUUGAGCAUAGACAGAUCCGAAAAAGAAACGUUGUCAAUUUAAAGACACAAGCAUGGGAUUACAGAUAAGUCAGGGGGCUGUAAUCUCAAAUAUCUAUGAAAAAGAAAACUUUAUCCCACCAGUGAUUUUACUUAAAAGUCCUUGUCAAAGCUUAUACCACAAGGUUCUCUUUCUGAUAUUUGUCUAAUGGGGUCAGUUUGUUGUAUAACUUUUUCUAAUCUGUUGUGUUGUGAGGAAAAAAAAAGUUCAAAAUGAGUCCCUUGUGUAGCUUUACGACACAUCUGUAAAAAUCAGUGUGGUUGAUAGAUUGUAUAAGAUGGCUGGAGGGCUCGCAUUUGUUUUAUGAGGUCAGUUAUUUCCUGUCUUGUUUAAUCUAUUGUCAUACGGGCCGGAGAUAAGAACAGAGUUUAGCAGCAGCUCGUCCUGCCUCAUGAUAUGUCUGCAUCUGUCUAAGAAUCGGAUAUUUGUGUUAACUCUCUGGGCUCGACCUCCUGGUACAGCGCAGCUCUGAACUCUAAGCUGGGUAUUAUGCUAAGAAUCAUCAAUGGUGAUGAGUAAAUUUCAAGUGUAAGUUCAUGUGGAUAAUGCGUUUUUAGCAAACAACUUUGAAGGUCCUCCAAGAAAUAUAAAAGUAAAAUGAAAAUUACACCUUGACUGUACAAAUAAACAACUUGCUUAUUUGCAGCUAUGCUGUUGCUUUAUGCAUUUAAACACUGCCCAGAUUGCAUACAUAAGAGUUAUUAGUUUUGACAUAAUCUACACAGUAACAUCUGAUGCUCAGAGACAAUAAAAUCUCAAGGAUUAAGACAUGUGAGAAGAAAGAGCAGAAAAAGGGGAUGUUGGAAGGCACUUCACCAUGUGGAAGACGGGAACUCUUGCCAAAGUAGCUGAAACUGACCAAAAACAAAAGGUAAAAUGCACAGAGAUAAACUGCUAGUCCCAUAGAAGUCACAUUACAUUACUUAAUUUUCUUUGGAACCUACUAAGUAGUGCUUGUAUUCUCUCAGUUUGAACAAUCUGUUGGCAUGGCGAGACUGUCAAGCAACAGCUGUACUGAUUCCAAGAAAGUUUUCUUGUCCCACUUCAUUAUACUGUCACACAUGACUCAGCACAGCUUGUAAUUCUCCUGUUGAGAAUGGCUGAUCUGACCCUCUGGGCUGGGGGUCAGUCAGAAGUUGGAGGAUGCAUUAGAUAGUUAAGACAAAACCCCCAAAUCAGUUUAAUUUGAUCUAAACGUGACAAUUCAGGAUCUUCUUUGGCACAAGUUGGGUUGAUAUCCAUCACUUGUACUUACAGUUUCAACUGAUGAUACUAAAGUUUUCCAGAAAAGUCCUCAAAAGACUUUUCCAACUUGUGUAAAUCUAUCAGUCUCCUUACAUAUUCAUUGUGUUUGACAAAACUGACUCAAAUAGAUCAUUUCAAAGCUCCAAAUUAAAGUUUCUUAGAAACCAGUGCUUUUGUUUGCUUUUAAUUUUAAAACAGGGUGAAAAUGCCUUUCCUUCCUGAAAAUGACUCAACUAAAUACUUCCAAAAGGGAAUUCCCAGCUUAAAUAACUAACCCAAAGCAGGACAUGGCUGUGUUAUCAAAUAACUUAUAACGCUGCUAUGAUGAGGCACAUGCGCAAUCAUCAUUUCCCUCAUCCAGCGCCAACUGAGCUCAGACUUAAAACCUCCUGCAUCUGCAGAGGGAUCAUCAGUUUAUAGGAGAGCAGGAAGCUGAGCUUUGUGGGAGCUGUCUGUUUACCCUGGAAACCUGUUAUGUCAGGAAAUGCCGAUUAUGAAUCCAGACUUUUUCCAAUGUUUUUUUCCCCCAAGGCUCUCACUCUGCAGAAAAUGUGGAAACCGGAUCUUGAAAAUCAGUAAUGUCACCAUGCGCUAAUCCGAAACCCAGACUUAAAAGAGGAUGUGUGGGACACGCAGUUGGUAGAGUUUGAAAAUAAAGUCCAGCUAAAAUAUGCAUGCAGUCUGGAUAUUCCUCCUAUUCACCAAAGAGGGAUUUUCUCUUGCACAGAAGAUUAAAGAUGGAGGUGCAGGACCUAAAGGAAGCAGACCCCCUGAGCAGUCGAGGAACAACCGUCACUGUGGGACCUGGGUUCGGAAAUCAGAUGGUGGAAGCUUCAGCUCCCCAAACUACCCAAAUACAUACCCUCCAAACAAGGAGUGCCUUUAUGUACUGGAAGCCCUGCCCCGUCAGAGGAUAGAGUUGCAGUUCAGCAAAAUCUUCCAAAUCGAAGCGUCUUUUGAGUGUCGGUUCGACCACAUCGAGGUGAGGGAUGGUCCCUUCAGCUUCUCAACACUCAUCAAUCGUUACUGCGGCACAGCCAAUCCCGGCCGGAUCCUCUCCAGCGGGCGCUUCAUGUGGAUCCGGUUCUACAGUGAUGAUGAGCUUGAGGGGAAAGGAUUCCAGGUCCAGUAUACGUUUACUGCAGAUCCUGAAUUUCAUCUCCAUGUAGGAGGACUUUUAAACCCCAUCCCAGAUUGUCAGUAUGAGCUAACUGGGUUUGACGGCGUGAUCCGCUCCCACCAGGUUGAGGAGGAGAACAAAGUGAAGCUGGACCAGGCAGUGGACUGCAUCUGGACCAUACAAGCCCCAAUGAAGAGCAGGAUUUACCUGAAAUUCUUGGAAUAUCAGAUGGAAAACUCUAAUGAAUGUAAGAAGAAUUUUGUGGCUGUUUAUGAUGGCAGUAGUGCCAUUGAGGACCUCAAGGCCAAGUUUUGUAGUACAGUUGCUAAUGACCUCAUGCUGGAGACUGGUUUCGGAGUGGUGAGGAUGUGGGCGGAUGAGACAAGCCGUCUAAGCCGCUUCAAGAUCCUGUUCACAGUUUUCUCUGACCCUCCCUGUAUUGGCGGUGCGUUCUUUUGCCACAGCAACAUGUGCAUCAACAACUCUCUGGUGUGCAACGGUGUACAAAACUGUGUCUUCCCCUGGGAUGAAAACAACUGCCUAGAGAAAAAGAGCAAAGUUCCUUUCCUUCAAAUCACAAAGACUCAGGGAACAAUCAUCUGCAUUUCCACCGGGGUAGUGAUGUUACUCCUCAUUUUCUCCAUAAUGGUGCAAGUCAAACAACCACGUAAAAAGGUAGUGAUACGUAAGAAAAAACUGUUCCAACAUCCUCACCUCCAGAAGAUGUUUGACCCCCAGCACUACGAGCUGUUUUCUAUCAGAGACAAGGAGAUGUCUGGAGACUUGAGGAAUCUUUCAGAAGAACUUCUGUCCCUGCAGGCUCUGAGGAGAUCUUCAUCAGGCUCUCGUUGUGUUCACGAACAUCACUGCGGUUCGCAGGGAUCUAUCAAUUCCAUCAAACCCAGCCACAGUUCAAAUGUCUUGAGGAAGACGUCCUUGGAGCUCGCCCCGUUCAGAAGGGACACCCAGACCGCUGCGCCUCCUUUCAGGGGCAUAAACAACAGCUCGCGGAAGAAGAGCUGGCCCAGUUUAAAACAGAGUCAAAUGCAGAGCCACCCUGCUAUCAGGGAUCGGGUGCUGUGGCAGCAGGACAGAGUUAUGGAAGAAGAUGAUGAGGAAGAGGAGGAGGAGGGGAGGUAUGAUCUGUAUGUCAGAAGAGCAGGAAGCCGAAGGGGAAAAUAUGACAUGACUCAACAAAGAUCUCAUUCCAUGGACUUUUAACAUGAGAAACAAAGGUCAGAGCAUUACAAAUUACGGGGAUUCAGAGACAAUUUUGUGCUGAUGUGAAUAAAACAUGAAGAUAAAAGCAGAUACAGCUUGUUUGCCAUUGUACUUGUCUUAUUUCAUUAAGGUUACGGCACAGUGUUUGGGUAAAGGGCAUGUUAAAGUGAAACUUACAGACUAAGGGACUGCCGAAUCUUUCUGGAAGCGGAAACAGUCAGUGACUGUUUGUGGUGUGUUGUGUCUUUCUGCCCAGCCAGAGGUCAACCACAAAGGGUCACCUUUGAAAAAUAUUUUUUGUAUUUGUAAUUUGCAUGCUUAAUCAUGGAAAUGGUGCGCCCAUAUAAUAUGGAUUGAAUAACCUCUGUCAGAAUAUAUUGCUGUUUGGUGGCUUCCUAAUUUGAUUUUGAAUCAAAGCACUAUUUGUGUUGUUUUUUAAGAUUUUUUUGCAUUUAAUUUAACUUUCCACAUUUUCUUAAAGUUUAGACUUGUUAGACUGGAAUAUUAAAACUGAACAGGUUUUAGGAUUUAUAAAACCUUUAUGUGAAAACACUAAACAGAGCAUUUUCAAUGGUUUUAUGGGAUUAGAAUAUUUUUAAAGUGACUCAAGCAUAAAAAGUACAGGAUAUAGAUCUGUGAAGCCUAGAUUGGAUUAUUCUAAAGUGAUUAUAGAUGCUUUUGUAUAGACCUUAUGACUUGUAAAACCCAUGUGUGAAAAAUUGAAGAUUCUUAGUUUUCACACAUUGAGAUGCUUUCUAUUUCUCUUUUUUGACAAGUGUGUUUAGGAUGCUGAAAUGCUUCAACAUAAAGUGUAAUUUUAAUGGA